GAUGAUUUUAGUUUAGCUUCAAUCGUUUAGCUGUGCGGUUGCAUUUCUGCUGUUUGUCUCCUUUGGGUUGUGGUUUAGCCGGAGACCCGUCAGUACCUACCAGUAUCGUGUGCGUGUAAAGCCUGAACAGGAGCAGUUGGAAGUGUCUGGGGCCAACAAACAGAUAAUUCGCGAUAAUUCUUUGCGUGUGAACUAGUUGUGUCGAAGAAUUGGCAGCCAUUGGCACAAGUCCACGCGAAAAGUGAUGUUUGUUCAUUACUAACGGCCCUUGUGCGGUGUAGUGAUUGGGUUUCCUUGCUGUUGGUCAGUGCACAGUUUUGCGAAAUGUACUAAACGUACGGAACCGAAGUGGAAUUAUCAGAGUGAUGCUAGUUUCUACGGAUUAGAGCAUAAUUGGCGAUAGUCGAACAGUCGGUGAAAUUCGUUAAUAACAGUGGACAAAUUCUUCGCAGUGCUUCAAUCAAGGAUAGAUGAGAUCUCUCUAACGAAAGUGUCUUCGACUGGAUCCUCUACGACUGACCUCAUAGUGAUAAGAUGGAAAUACGAUGGUGUUGGGCAGCAUUUAUCCUGCUUACAGUAAUUUCUCACCGAGCUGGGACUCACAAUACAGUUGGUGUUCAUCAUUCGGAUAGUGCAGAUAACACCAGUAGUACAACUAAAAGUAGUAGUAGGAGUAGGAAUAGUGAUAGUAGCGCUAAUAAUAGUGAUAGUGAUAGCAAUAGCAACAAGUCUUCCAAUCCAGUCAUCAUUAGUGAUAAAUUAGAGAAGCAAUACGAAGCGCCAUAUCAACCAACAGCUAAGGCAAGCUUAGAAGACAUAGCAAGCAAGUUAAAACAAGAUGUUGAAUCUAGUUAUAAUUUGGAUGAAAUAAUUGCCAGUACGGAGGCAGCUUCGACUAAAAGCCUGAAGAAAUAUUUGCUAAAGGAAAGCAAAAAGUACAGAAAAAAGUAUGUGUCGAACGACGAUUAUCGGCAGACGGGUGCUCUUGACCGUGAACCCAGGAAAGCUCCUAUGGAUGAAGACGAUGCAGCAGCACCUUCGCCGACGAGCAACGAGUCGGAGAAACCUCACAGUCGCAAGAAGCGAUUGAUUUGGGUAACGGACGACGGCAGGCUGGCACUUCCCCCGGGCACCUCGCUAACUAUUGCGCCGACAAUUGCGCUGCCAUUCGUGCGCUAUCCUCCAACGGGAUUUCUCUCCAACAUUUCUAUCAGCUUACCGGUCACGAUCGACUUCGAUAAACUUGGAUUAACGGACAACCAGAACCCGUUGGGAGUCCUGCCUCCCCUGCUAGCUCGUUCAAUGGGCCGUGCCGCCGGAAGCAUCCUGGCUGAUUACGUUUCGGAUUAUAUGCGCACCAGGAGACGGAAGCGGAAUGUACCGAACUUUACCGGCAAUGAAAACUUCAAGAUUACCACGAACUUCAUCGAUGGCGAAGACACUGAACAGAAAGCACCCGUUCUGCCGGAUGAGCACAAGCACGCGUUCCAUGGAGGAGAAAGAGCACUAUUGUAUACGGUGGUAGAGGACUUCAUCGCAAACUUUGGUCUAGAUGGAAAAGCCUGUAUGCUGCGUGCAAUAUGCGAAGUGCAUUCGAAGCCCGUUGAGAGAUUCGGGCUGGUUGGCGAGGUUUUGAAGUUAUUUUUCACUGCAUCACUAUCGCCGUAUUCGGAACAUUUGGACGAGUAUGUAUCAGCGGAAAACGUCGGAAAGGGUAAAUCUGGACCAGGUGAAUGCUUCCCGUAUUAUAAGGAUUGCCCCAAGAGUCUUUUCCAGAUGGGUAAAAACUUCCAGCAUCGCUACAAGGAAGACCCGGUGCAUGAACAUUCAGAAGAUAGUUUAUACGAAAACGAGAUUGAUGAUAUUGAACGUGAAAUACGUAGAGCCAGCAGAAGUAAAUCCAAAGAUGAAGCGGUGAUACAACUGGAGGAUGGUGUAAAUAAGAUGGCCAUGUAGAGAGUGAUUUUUUAAAUUUUGUUUCAUACUAUGGCCACACAGGAGGAUUUUUUUUCUACAUUUCGUUUAUGCCAAAUGUAUAUUUGUCAAAAGAUUAAUUUUCUAUUUGUGAGGGUUAUACUCAAAGUGGUGUAAGUGACAUCAAAUUAUU